UGUGAAUGAGAUUAGGCCAUUUAGCAGUCCACACAGCACAACAGCAAGCUGUAGUUGAACGGCAGUCCUCUGAGAGAUGACCAUGACUGCCAGGCAGGAGAAACUGGUUGACGCUGAUGAGAUUAAAAGACUAGGGAAGCGGUUUAAGAAACUCGACCUGGAUAACUCGGGUUCUCUCAGCGUGGAGGAGUUUAUGUCUCUACCCGAGUUGCAGCAGAAUCCGCUGGUGCAGCGAGUCAUCGAUAUAUUCGACACAGACGGAAAUGGAGAAGUGGACUUUAAAGAGUUCAUUGAAGGCGUCUCUCAGUUCAGUGUCAAGGGUGACAAGGAGCAGAAGCUCCGCUUUGCGUUCAGGAUUUAUGACAUGGAUAAAGAUGGCUACAUAUCCAACGGUGAGCUGUUCCAAGUGCUGAAGAUGAUGGUAGGGAAUAACCUAAAGGACACCCAGCUGCAGCAGAUUGUCGACAAAACCAUCAUCAACGCAGACAAGGAUGGGGAUGGAAGGAUAUCUUUCGAGGAGUUCUGCAUUGUGGUUGGUGGCUUAGACAUUCACAAAAAGAUGGUGGUGGAUGUGUGAAGAGACAGAACAGGCCCUUCACUGAACACCCUCUUUUCACUUCUCCAUUUCUGAGAAUCGGCUCCAGAUGUUCCACUAACACUCUCUCUCUCUCUCUCUCUCUGUCUGUCGUUCUCUUUCUCUCUUUCAAUGGAAGUAUUUCUCUGAAUGAUGCCUCUGUUCCCCGUUUUUACUCCCUGAGCCUUGUGACGCCUGCCAUCCUAAGUGUUAUAGAGCAUGAGAUUCCUCUGUCCACAUUCUCGGGUAUUUAAGGACAGUCAGAGAGACGACUUCUCUGUCGACUACCGAGCGACUCAGUGUGGUGAAGAAGGAAGAGAGGAGUGUAUGUGUGUGUGUGU